CCAACUACCUUUAGUGAGGUAUUCCGGUGUAUCUUUGAUUAUAUAGAUAAACUUUUUGUAAUGGUAAGACCUCGAAAGCUACUAUAUAUGGCUAUUGAUGGUGUUGCUCCAAGGGCUAAAAUGAAUCAACAGCGGUCUAGACGGUUUAGAGCAGCUAAAGAUGCAGCAGACGCGGCAGCUGAAGAAGAGCGAUUGCGGGAGGAGUUUGAGAAGGAGGGGAGAAAACUUCCACCUAAAGAAAAGUCACAACUGGUUGAUUCUAAUGUUAUCACUCCAGGAACUGGCUUCAUGUCUGUUUUAUCAAUUGCACUGCAAUACUAUAUUCACCUUAGACUAAACUAUGAUCCUGGAUGGAAAAAGAUUAAGGUUAUUCUUUCUGAUGGAAACGUUCCUGGUGAAGGGGAGCAUAAAAUCAUUUCUUAUAUCCGUCUUCAAAGGAAUCUUCCUGGUUAUGAUCCAAACACAAAACAUUGUCUGUAUGGCUUGGAUGCUGAUCUGAUUAUGCUUGCCUUGGCUACACAUGAAGUUCAUUUUUCAAUCCUCCGGGAGAUUGUCUUCACUCCUGGACAACAAGACAGAUGUUUUCUAUGUGGUCAGAUGGGCCACCUAGCAGCAGAUUGCAGAGGAAAGGACAAGAGGAAGGCCAGGAGAGUUUGAUGAGAAUGUGAUGAGAGUAUCACGGUCAAGAAACCAUACCAGUUCCUCAACAUUUCAACUCUUAGAGAAUAUCUGGAAUAUGAGAUGAGGAUUCCUAAUCCUCCAUUUGAGAUUGAUUUCGAGUGCAUUGUUGAUGAUUUCAUUUUUAUGUGUUUCUUUGUUGGCAACGAUUUCUUGCCACAUAUGCCAACAUUAGAGAUUCGUGAGGGUGCUAUCAACUUAUUGUUGGCAGUUUAUAAGAAGGAAUUUAGGUCAAUUGGAGGGUAUUUGACUAAUGCGAGCAAGCCAAAUUUGAGGAGAGUAGAGCACUUUAUUCAGGCUGUUGGAUCCUAUGAAGAUCAAAUAUUCCAGAAAAGAGCACGCCUGCAUCAG